AUGACAUCUUCGUCAACGAUUGUCAACGAGAAGUGCGAGACAGGAAAGAACAAUGUCAAGAACGAUGACCCAGAAUCGAUCGAUACUUCAGUGGGCCAAGACACGCAUAUCCUCUACAAUGCAGCAGUCAACAAAAAUGGAAUCAAGCUUCACCCACAGCCGACCGCCGACUCCCUGGACCCGUUGAAUUGGUCAAGUCUUCAAAAACAUGCCAUCUUAUCGAUAGUUAUGCUCAAAUAUUUCCUUUUUACAUAUCUCACCACUACCACAGUUCCCUCAUUUGUGGAAAUCCAGAAUCAAUUUCAGAUCACCUAUUCGCAAGUUAAUUGGACACUCGCCGUGCCAGCAUUGGGGCUUUCCGUUGGUCCCCUCAUAUGGUCAUCACUUGGUGAUAUCUACGGUCGAAGGGUGGUUUUUAUAGUUGGAACAACCAUAUCGUUGAUAUCCACUGUUGGCGCUGCCGUCGCUGAUACAUACUCGGGGUAUAUGGCUGCUCGCUUUUUCCAAGGAUUUGGAGUAAGCCCGGCAUCUACAGUUGGAAUGGCAGUCGUGAACGAUCUAUUCUUCGAUUAUGAGCGUGGCCAAAAAUUAGGCCUGUGGGUUCUAGCAAUUGAUACUGGUACAUUACUUGGACCGACUUUUGGUGGCUUCUUGAAUCUUGUCAGCGCGGCAUGGAUUAAUUGGUUUACUGCCAUUCUCUUCGCCGCGUUAUUGCUUCUUGAAGUCUUCUUUAUGCCCGAAACCCUCUACCCGCGCAACAAAAUGCUUGAGCAAAUGCCUCGUCUUGAUCACAAGGAUAUCUCGGGGGAUGUUGAGAAGCAAGUAGCUGGGGUUGACGCGACCACGUCACUUGAACCAACGGAGACCCUGAUAUCGGAUCUACGUCGGACAAAAACCCUGCCUUUCAUAAAUUAUCAACCAGUUCCCGGCAUGCGCCAUCCCAAACCGUGGGACUCGCUUACUCGAUUUAUCUUGACGUUUCAAUUACCCGCGGUGGUUGUGGCAGUUUUGGGGUAUAGCUUCGUGUGGUACUGGUGGAUUCUGUCUGUUAUCACGAUGGUACCCGCAGCCUAUGCGAGCUAUACACCUCUCAUACAAGGUCUCUUGUUUCUCGGGCUCUUCCUCGGAACUGUUAUCUCGGAAUUCGGCUGCUCUGGGAGGCUGAGCGAUUUCAUAGUUGAAAAGCUUUCGACACGGAACGGCAACAUUCGUGUCCCAGAGAUGCGAUUGUGGCUGGCGUACCCAGCAAUGUUGAUCACCACAGCCGGGUUGAUUCUUUGGGGAAUCAGCGUGGAUCAAGGUUACCACUGGAUAGUAGGCCAGGUGGCAUUCUUCUUCUUCGCGGCAGGUAUUCAAAUUGGUAAUACAGUCACUACCAGCUACAUCAUUGACUGUUACCCGCUCCAAACAACAAGCGUGAUUACCUUCUAUGCCGUGUUUCUGAAUUUGAGCGCUUUCAUCAAUCCUUUUUUCAUUGCACCUUGGCAAGCUUCUUCUGGCUGGACUUGGACAUUCGCUUCUCAAGGCAUCAUUGUAACGGUUGGCGGAUGUUUGGUAUUCGGUGCUUUGCAUAAAUUCGGACCUUGGUUGCGCAAUAAGGCAGUAAAACCUUCUUGGGUCAACCCAGAGUUUGAUAUGGAUCUUGAGGAGCGGUCUUAG